CGCCGCCCGCUUGCGCCCCCCGCUGCCGGACCGGGGGCUGAAUUGCCCUUCUUCCGCGCCUUGCUGGAGCGGGCGCGCUGCUACCGCAGCUGCGAGACCCAGCGCCUCGGGGGACCCGCGUCCCGCCACCGCGUCAGCGAGGAUGUGCGCAGCGACUUCCAACGCAGAGUGCCCUACAACUACCUGCAGCGAGCCUACAUCAAGCUUAACCAGCUGGAAAAGGCAGUGGAAGCAGCCCACACAUUUUUUAUGGCCAACCCUGAGCACAUGGAAAUGCAGCAGAAUAUUGAGAAUUACAGAACGAUGGCUGGUGUCGAAGCAUUCCAGUUGGUAGAUCGAGAAGCCAAACCGCACCUGGAGAGUUACAACUUAGGAGUUAAACAUUAUGAGGUUGAUGACUUUGAACUAGCUAUCAAGUACUUUGAACAAGCUUUACGAGAAUAUUUCAAUGAAGAUAUGGAGUGUCGAGCCCUAUGUGAGGGGCCUCAGAGAUUUGAAGAGUAUGAGUACUUAGGUUAUAAAGCUGGUCUCUACGAAGCCAUUGCAGAUCACUACAUGCAGGUGCUGGUUUGUCAGCAUGAAUGUGUGAGGGAACUUGCCACUCGCCCUGGCCGCCUCUCACCAAUUGAGAAUUUUCUUCCCCUGCAUUUUGACUACCUACAGUUUGCCUACUAUCGAGUUGGUGAAUAUGUGAAAGCCUUGGAGUGUGCCAAGGCCUAUCUUCUACUCCAUCCGGGUGAUGAGGAUGUCCUAGAUAAUGUGGAUUACUAUGAGAGUCUGUUGGACGACAGCACAGACCCAGGAUCCAUCGAGGCCAGAGAGGAUUUGACAAUGUUUAUGAAGCGUCAUAAACUGGAAUCAGAACUAAUAAAAUCAGCUGCAGAGAGUCUGGGAUUUUCAUACACUGAACCAAAUUAUUGGAUCCGAUAUGGAGGACGACAGGAUGAGAAUCGUGUCCCCUCAGGAGUGAAUAUGGAGCGGGUAGAAGUUCAUGGAUUGUCAGUGGGGAAAAAAUCAUCACCCAAGAUAGAUCGAGACCUAAGAGAGGGCGGCCCUCUCCUCUAUGAGAACAUCACGUUCGUCUAUAACUCGGAGCAGCUAAACGGGACGCAGCGGGUUCUCCUGGAUAACGUCCUGUCAGAAGAGCAGUGCCGUGAGCUGCACGGUGUGGCGAGUGGAAUCAUGCUUGUUGGUGAUGGAUACAGAGGAAAAACUUCACCCCAUACACCCAAUGAAAAGUUCGAAGGUGCAACUGUCCUGAAAGCACUCAAAUUUGGUUACGAAGGCCGAGUCCCACUGAAGAGUGCCCGUCUGUUUUAUGACAUCAGCGAGAAGGCUCGAAAGAUUGUAGAAUCCUAUUUCAUGCUGAACUCAACCCUGUAUUUUUCCUAUACACACAUGGUCUGCCGAACAGCCCUGUCCGGUCAACAGGAUAGAAGAAAUGACCUCAGUCAUCCCAUCCAUGCUGACAACUGCCUACUGGAUCCAGAGGCCAACGAGUGCUGGAAGGAGCCUCCUGCUUACACAUUCCGGGACUAUAGUGCUCUCUUAUAUAUGAAUGACGAUUUUGAAGGAGGGGAAUUCAUAUUCACUGAGAUGGAUGCCAAGACAGUGACUGCCUCUAUAAAACCAAAGUGUGGGCGUAUGAUCAGCUUCUCAUCCGGAGGAGAGAACCCACAUGGGGUAAAAGCAGUCACCAAGGGCCAGAGGUGCGCUGUUGCUCUGUGGUUUACUUUGGACCCACUUUACAGAGAACUGGAGCGAAUACAGGCCGAUGAAGUGAUCGCAAUCCUGGAUCAAGAACAGCGAGGGAAGCAUGAACUGAAUAUCAACCCAAAGGAUGAGCUUUAAAAAUGAGAAAGAAUGUUCUAUCAGAUAUUUAUUUAAAUUGUUAAUCUUAUGAGAACCUUUUUAUUUUUGUACAGAGCCAUGGUAUAAAUUAACAAACAGGUUAAUAUGAGUCCUCUGAUCUCCCUUCUGUUCCUAAGGAUGUUUGCUUCGCCUCAGUCUGUCUGUCUGUCUGUCUUGGUUUUUCAUCAGUUCACCUCUCAAAGCUCAGCCUCCCCCUUCCCACUACACACACACACACACACACACACACACACACAUUUCAUUUGCUAUAGCUCCAAAAGCUCAAACAGAAAGAAUAAUUUCAUUCUUGUUAAAACUACAGCUUUCGUACAUGCUCUGGUUCUAAAGUUAGCUUGUGAUUUGGUUUCAGAAGGCCUUUCUGCCUCUGAGACUUUUAGCCACAUCCUCUCACAGUGCUGAUGGCCAUGAGCUUGAGCCUGGGACUCCCUGGCGGUGGUGGGCUCUGCACUGCCUCACAUAUCACUGCCCUAUGGGUCCCCAGGCCCUGAGAAGGAACCACUCUGAUGAGUACUACAUGAGGUGGAGGAACCCAGCCUUUCUAGGGCCUUAGUGGAGUUUUUGGCUCUGGUAUUUUCACCAGAGAAUAAACUUACACUGGAAGCUUCAAUUCACCCUCCACGAUGCUCCAGAAAGGAUACCCUAUGAGUUGUAUCUUUAAUAACUUUUUUAAGGGGUUUGAAAUAGAAUGUCUCUUCACUCCAGUGACUUGAAUCCUACCUGAAUCUGGGCACGAUUGCCAUGUAGCCUUAGUAGGGUCCACUGGUGAGAGAGGCAUUUUGUUCUUAAGUAAGAAAUAUGGAUUUCUGAUUGAUUCCAGUCUUUAUCUGCAUGGAUAUUGGUGGCCCUUCCUCCUUGCUGCUGUCCAGGGUGCAGCCUUGUUCUUGCAUCUGAUUUGUUUAAUAAAGGGAGCCUUAUUUCAAUA